AUGGAGGGGCUUUGGGUGCUCGGUGUCCUGCUGCUCUCCUGCCUGCUGCUGCCAUCACCCGCGGGGAGCCAGACCAGCCCCAGCCCCGACAGGCGUCUGCAGAUGGACCCUGAGGAGGCACCAUCCCAGCACCACGCUGCCAGGGCCAUGUGGGAGCAGAAGGCCGGCGGUGCCCAGGAGAGGCUGCCUCCGCGGCCCCGCUGCGUCCGCUGCUGCGAGCCACCUGACCAGCGCUUCUCCUACCCCCAGUACCAGCCCCUGCCUCAGAUCAACAUGACCAUCCUGAAAGGAGAGAAGGGUGACCGUGGCGAGCGAGGCAUGCAGGGCAAGUUCGGCAAAACAGGGGUGGCCGGCAGCAGGGGCCACACGGGGCCCAAGGGACAGAAGGGCAGCGUGGGUGCCCCAGGGGAGCGCUGCAAGAGCCACUAUGCUGCCUUCUCGGUGGGCCGCAAGAAACCCCUGCACAGCAACGACUACUACCAGACCCUCAUCUUUGAUACGGAGUUUGUCAACCUCUACGACCACUUCAGCAUGUUCACAGGCAAGUUUUACUGCUAUGUCCCUGGCAUCUACUACUUCAGCCUCAACGUGCACACCUGGAACCAGAAGGAGACGUACCUGCACAUCAUGCACAACGGGGCAGAGGUGGUGAUCCUCUACGCCCAGGUGAGUGACCGCAGCAUCAUGCAGAGCCAGAGCAUCAUGCUGGAGCUGCGGGAGCAGGACGAGGUCUGGGUGCGGCUCUACAAGGGCGAGCGUGAGAACGCAGUCUUCAGUGAUGAGUAUGACACUUACAUCACCUUCAGCGGCCACCUCAUCAAGUACAGCGGGGACCCCUGA